GUUUCCUGGUGUGAGCGUAGCCUAUAAUAAACGUGAAUAGGUUUGAGUACUCCCUCAUUGUGGAAGCGAGUCAGGGACCAGACACACAUCGACCAUGCUGCAGCUGAAAUGGGUAUUCUCCGUUAUAUAUCUUCUCUCGCGGUGCUCUGUGCGUGAGGCUUAUGUGAUCAGGCGUUCCGGCAAGGCCGAAUCAUCAGAUGAGUCUUUUUCGGGAUUUCUCUCUGACCACCCUUUUAACAGCCUGUCAGGUUCCUGCAAAAACAGGUGCUUUGAACUAGUGGAAAGUGAACCCCCGAACUGUCGCUGUGACAACCUGUGUAAAACAUACAAUACUUGUUGCUCAGACUUUGAUGAGCAUUGCCUGAAAACAGCGGGGGGCUUUGAGUGCGGUAAAGAGCGAUGUGGUGAAACUCGUAAUGAACAGCAUGCCUGUCACUGCUCAGAAGACUGUAUGACCAAAGGAGACUGCUGUACCAACUACAGGUCUCUCUGCAAAGGUGAUGCUCCCUGGUUGCAGGGAGAGUGUGAAGAAAUUAAAAGUCACGAGUGUCCAGCUGGGUUUGUUCGGCCACCUGUCAUCAUGCUAUCUGUUGAUGGCUUUCGUGCGUCUUACAUGAAAAGAGGACGCAUGGUGAUCCCCAAUAUCGAGAAACUCAGGUCAUGUGGAACUCAUGCACCAUACAUGAGACCUGUGUACCCCACCAAAACCUACCCAAAUUUGUAUACAAUUACAACAGGGCUUUAUCCUGAGUCUCAUGGAAUUGUUGGUAACUCCAUGCAUGAUCCUGGCUUUGAUGCCAACUUUAACAUUCGUGGGAAAGAAAAGCUCAACCAUCGUUGGUGGGGAGGACAACCUAUCUGGAUAACAGCAGUGAAACAAGGAAUAAAGGCUGGUACAUUUUUCUGGCCAGUUGGGAUUCCAUUGGAAAGGAGAGUUCUGACCAUGUUGCAGUGGCUUCACCUUCGGGAUACAGAGAGGCCAUAUGUUUAUGCAAUGCAUUCUGAACAGUUGGAUUCCUAUGGCCACAAACUAGGACCCCACAGCACUGAGAUUGACAGUGCACUGAAGGACAUUGAUAAGGUGAUUGGUCAGCUAAUGAAUGGCCUGAAACAGAUGAAACUGCACCGUUGUGUCAAUAUCAUCUUGGUUGGAGACCAUGGCAUGGAGGAAGCUCAUUGUGACCGGACAGAAUUCCUGAGCUCAUACAUGUACAACACUGAGGACAUCAUCCUAAUUCCUGGGUCUCUGGGAAGAAUCAGAGCCCGAAAUCCAAACAACUCAAAAUAUGAUUCAAAAGCAAUUGUAGCAAACCUCACGUGUAAAAAGCCAGACCAGCACUUCAAACCAUACUUGAAGCAACAUCUUCCCAAACGUUUGCACUAUGCCAACAACCACAGAAUUGAGGAAGUUCACUUGAUGGUUGAGAGGAAAUGGCACAUAGCACGGAAGUUCUAUGAAUCAAAAAGGAAUCCAGGGAAAUGUGGGUUUGCUGGUGAUCACGGAUAUGACAAUAAAAUCAACAGCAUGCAGACCAUUUUCCUUGGGUAUGGACCAUCUUUCAAAUUCAAGACAAAAAUUCCACCGUUUGAGAAUAUUGAGCUUUAUAAUGUCAUGUGUGAUCUCCUUGACUUGAAGCCUGCUCCUAAUAAUGGUACUCAUGGUAGCCUUAACCAGCUCUUGAGGGCCCCUGUACACAUACCCAGCAUGCCUGAAGAAGUGUCCAAGCCAAACCCUGCAGGACCAAUCACAUCUCUUAACGUUGACCUGGGCUGCACCUGUGAAGACAAGUUGCGUUCAAAAAGUAGGGGGCAGAGGGCAUUGAAAGUGACCCUAGUAAGAGGCUAUAACCUGGAGUCACUGUGGCUCUGUCUGUUACAGAACAAAGUGGAAGAGCUCAAUCAACGACUGAGACAAGUUAUUGAUGACAACAAAAAUCUUCCUUACGGUCGGCCGGCAGUCAUGAUCCGCACCAAAUACUACAUCCUUCAUCAUAGUGACUACAUUAGUGGUUACAGUGAAGCUUUGUCCAUGCCUCUCUGGACAUCUUAUACUGUAUCUAAGCAGGUAGAUUUCACCCCUCUGACUGAGGCUCUGAGCAACUGUGUUCGCCCUGAUAUUAGAGUUCCUUCAGUCUACAGUCAGUCCUGCUCAAACUACCGUGCAGAUAAACAGAUCUCCUACAGCUUCCUCUAUCCACCUCAGUUGUCCUCCUCUCCAGAAGUGAGAUAUGAUGCUGUACUCAUUACCAACACUGUACCAAUGUAUCCAGCAUUCAAACGUAAGUGUACCUUAAAGAAACUAUAUCUAGUUAGAUAGGAUUCUUCACCCAAA